AACUGCUUGGCUGUCAUCAUUCGUUGUUUCUCUGUCGUUUCAUUUGGUUCGUCUUUUCGAUUUGAUUUGAUCGAUUUUUUUAAACAAAGAUUUCCUUUUGAAAACAAAAAAUAAAUUUCGUCUUAUUUACGGCCGUUUGUGUUUUAUUAUUAUCUGAUUUGUUAAUUUACAUGAGUUACUGUGCAUUUGUUUGCCUCGUUUGGGCUAUUUGUUUUUUGUUCAUCAAUUUGACACACACAUCGUAUAAUUGAUAUAUCAUCUAAUCAACGCGCCGGGGUUUCCUUCAUUUAUUUUUUUAUUAAUUUCCGGCCAAGUUUUUCAUUAACCAAAUUGAUUGAUUAACAAGCUACAAAUACGUGUUGUGUGUGUGUGUGUGUUUUAUUUAUUUGAAGGGUUUUGUGAUCUUACAAUUGUGUUGUCAAAAUAAUUAUCCUGAAAAUUAUGAAAUUUUUUAUCUAAAAAUCACGUUUUUAAUUUCUGGUAAAAUCUACAGAUAAGUUUUUUUUCUUCUGGAUUAAAUCAUUUUGUUUCUACUAGUAUACACAACGAUAUAUCAAAAACCGUGAAAAUGACAACUACUGAAAACGAAACUAAAGUGGAAACACAAGGAACACCAAAAGAAGAAACGAUGAACGAAACAGUUGAGUCGAAGAAAUCGGAUGUAAAAGAAAGUACGAAUGAAAACAAUUCAACACCAGCAUCACCAACAAAGAAAACUGAGACUCUUAAACCGGCUAUAACAGCACAUAAAAAAGAUUUCGAAAAGGAUGUCGUCUAUUUGUAUCAAUUUACACGAUCAACAACUAUUCCAUCAUUGUCGGCUUGUUGUUUAAAAGUGGAGAAUUGGCUUCGUAUGUCCGGCAUUCGUUAUGAAAACGUUGAUCACAAACUUCGUUUCAAAUCCAAGAAAGGUCAUUUACCAUUUGUGGAAUUGAAUGGCAAAGAAAUCGAAGAUUCGGAUACAAUUAUCAAAGAAUUAUCAAAAUAUUUUGAUAAAGAAUUAGAUUUCGGUCUAACUGAAGAGCAGAAAACAACUAGCCAUGCAUUCAUUUCAAUGUUGAAUAAUCAUACCGGAUGGAUUGUACGUUGGUGGCGUUACAAUAAUCCACGGGAAUUUCUUGAAAGCGCUCAACUUGAUAUCAAACGAACAUUCAAUUCACGUUUCCCGAAUUCAAUCUUGAAUUUUGUUUUCAAACUUGGUUUCAAAAAGCAUCUCAGUGAUUCGCUAGGCUUGGGCCGUGGACGUUUCACAUUGGAAGAGAUUCAAGAAUCGGCUAAAGAAGAUCUCAAAGCAUUGAGUAAUCUUCUUGGAAGCAAAGACUACUUCUUUGGCAAAGAACCACACUUGCUUGACUGUGUUGCAUUCGCACAUUUGGCACAAUUUUACUAUGUACCAUUCGAUCAAAUGAAAGGAUGGAUUGAAACUGAAGCAUCGAAUCUGAUCGCUUUGGUUGAUCGUUUCAAAACAACUUAUUGGCCCGAUUGGGAAGAAAUGUGUUCUUCAUUAGAAUUAAAUACUCAUCUUCCUAAGAAAGAAGUACCAGCUGAUCAGGCCGAACCAAAAGCCGAUGAUGAAGAAUCGAAAAAGAAAAAGGACGACAAAAAGAAGAAAGAGAAAAAAGAAAAAAAAGAUAAGAAAAAAGAAUCUACCAAAGAAAAAACUGGAGAAACGGCCAAGGAAGCUGGUGAUGCUAAAGAUAAAGCUGAAGAUGGUGCUGCUAAAGAAACUACAGCUGAACCUGCUGCUGCUGAUGCUAAUAAACAAGAUGCAGCUGCACCAAAUGGUGGUGAAGCACCGAAAACCGAAGUGGCUGCUUCAGAAUAAUUUACAAAUGGCAUCUUGUCUAUCGUUUUUUCAUCUUUUUUUCUCUUUUGAAACAAUAACACAUACACAGUCAACCAAAAUACAAUAACAAAAAAAAAUUCUUCAUUUUCAUCUUCAAAAAAGAAUUUGGUUAAUUGACGAAAUAAUUUCCAAAGCCAAACAACAUUGAACCCAAAUUUCGUAAUUUUCGCUCUGAUUUUUUUUAGUACAAUUUCGAGACCAUUUACACUCACCAAUCAAACAAUCAUCGAAUACAACAUACACACACACACACACGUCAUUUUGCCAUUGGCAUUCCAUUUUUUUUGUCGCAUUUUUAAUACAUUUUUUUAUCUGAUUGAUUUUUUUUUGUAAAUUUCUCUGUGCUUUUCUAUUUCUACAACCAUUUCUAUUUCACACCCACACGCAUACAUUUGAUUGGCUUUUAAUUUAUUUUUUUAAUUUUCUUUCUUUUUCCUCUAAGAGAAUAUGUCACAAAUAUGCGCCCUGUUACACAAUGAUAACACAAAGAUUUACUACAAAAGGGGCUUGCAUAAGAUUUAUGAUGAUUCAUUUAUAGUUACAAAUUAACACACACACACACAUUUCUCCAUUUUUGCAUUUCACAUUCAUGAUGAACAUUAAAUUUUGUAAUUUUUGUUUCUAAAAAAUAAAGAUUUUUAAACAUUGAAAAAAACCAAA